CCAGGAUAAUCCUAGAUCCAUGCAUCAAGGGCUGAAGCCAUUUGCUAGCAUAGAAUUACAAAUGGAGUGAUUUGUUUUUUUCUUUCAUGGGAGCUCUUUCUGUCCAUCAACAUUGACAAGAAUUUCAAAAUUGUCAUUAAGAACACAUCCUCAGGCUAUGUAUCCUUUCCCUAUUUUGGAUUAUUUUGUAAAGCUUUAUCAACAGGGAGAGGAAAAAAAGUUGGAUUUUUUUUUUUUAUCUUUUGUUGGAUUCAGUUUCUGCAUCAAAACCUGGGGACAAUAAAAAUGACAUGUCUGAGUGAGGAGCUUCUGAGAUAAGUUACAGCCCUCUUUUAGACGCCUUUUGCGUGUUGCUGACGCGUGGAAAGAUUACAUGCUUUUAGUGAAGAUAGUUGAUUUUUUUUUUUAUAUUAUACUAAAUUUAAAUGCAGUGAAAACGAUGAAAAUAGAAUGUUCUGUGCAGAGCUUUUUAAAGAGCAUGUGACUGUAAAACAGACAUCAUCCAGCCAGUGGUGAAAUGAGUCAGAGAGGAAGAAGUCACAGAGGUUGGCAAAUGAACAGCCAGCCAGCCUGACCACAGAAGAGUUGUGACAUGGUGGUGUCUGACUGCGCCCACCCUGCCUCUGUCAUGUUGUUCUGAUCAGAAGUGAACAGGUGUGAGUGGGAGGGGCCAUGCAAAGAGAGGAACAGUGGAGAGGAGGGAAGUUAUUUUGCUAGAGCUGUUCGCUUGCGGUCAUAGAAACCUUCUAUCAAUAGAUAUCCCUAUUAUCUUUGCAGCCACCUAAAAUAUACAUGAACUGUACAGGCAUGUUCACAUUCUGCUGAGACCACCUGGAACCAACAAUUUACUCUGAGGAACAGCUAUGGCUUUCCAGAUGCAAUCAAUUUUUCCUGUUCUGGCCCAAGAAGCAGAUUUGGCCCUCUUUCGCUGCGAGGAUGGAGUGGAGACGGCACUGCAGUAUGCCAAGAUGUGGUGCCGCUAUGCCAAGGACCUUCUUGCCUGGAUGGAGAAGAGAAUCAGCUUGGAGCAAGAAUUUGCGAAAAAUGUGAUGAAGGCAGCUGAAGGAGCAAAGCUCAACGUGGUACAGCAGGAAAUGAUGCCACUACAGUAUAUCUACACCAUGGCUUUGGAACAAGACAUAAAGAAUAGUGUGACUGCUAGGAAGACUUCCGAACUCCUGCAAACCCGUUGUUACCAGGCUUUAGCUGAUAAGAGAACUGAGAUCGAUAAGUGGCGCCGAGAGUUUAAAGAGCAAUGGUCAAGAGCACAAAGAAAGAUGAAUGAUGCAGUAGCAGCUCUUAAAAAGGCCAAGCAUCAGUACUUCCAGCGGUGUGAUGAGCUGGAAAAGGCCAAAGCAAUGUCAGCGAAAGCUGUGGAUGACACAGUUGGAGUAAAAACACUUGAUAAGAGGAGGAAGUCCAAGGAUGAAGCCAAGUCAAAGGUGUUUGAGGCUGAGCUUAUCUACAGACAGUGUGUGGGUGAUGCCAAGUUCACUCAAGAGGAAUUAGUGAAGACCAAAGAAAGAAUAAUUUCUCACAUUCGCAAGCUCAUCUGUCAGGGAGACACUUUGCUCAAAGAGGUUACAGUCAACAUGUUCUUCUUUCAACGGCAGCAGACAGAGCCCAUGCCUCUUGGUUAUCAAAACCUUGAGUUGACUUGCAGAAACGUGGAGCCUGGAGAGCCCUAUCUGCUUUAUGUCCUCAGCAGGCGUCGCCCUGAGCAAACUCUCCAAACCUUCAUCUUUCAGGAUUACACACCUCAGGGCAAAAGCAACAAAAGAAAAACAAGCAACAUUCUCAGCCCGCUGCAGGACUCUUUACCUAACAUAGAGGAUAGCCCUUUAAAACGAUCCAUUGAUGGCAGGAAAACAGGGCACAGUGACAGUGAGAGUAUUGGAGGCAGUUUGGAAUCCCUUUCGAGUCCUGCUAACAGAAGACUGCCCAAAACAGGAUCUACUUUGACAGUGUCAUCAGAUGAUCUGGAUGAGCGGGACAUUUCAGAAUUAGAGUAUGCUGAUGGCCCGUCUGUAAAAACACGAAUGUUUUCUCGAGCUGCACUGACGCAUCGGCUCAAAAAAAUGAAAGGCAAAAUGAUGAAAUGCAAGCAGUGUGAUAACUACGUUGUUGUCAGUGGGGUUGAAUGUGAGGAGUGUGGGCUAGCUUUUCACAGAAAAUGCAUGGAGGUUUGCCAGCUGGAAUGUGAGCAAAGGAAGGGCACUGUAUUUGGUGUGGACCUCUCAGUGAUUUUACAAGACAGGCCAGAUGAGGUGCCGUUUGUUGUCCGAUGCUGCACAUCUGAGAUUGAGAGUCGUGCUCUCUCUGUUCAGGGUGUGUAUCGUGUCAGUGGGUCCAAACCUCGCAUUCAGAAGCUCUGUCAGACCUUUGAAACUCAAAAGGACCAGGUGGACCUCUCUGAUCUCUCGCCACAUGACAUAACAUCUAUCCUGAAACACUUCUUCAAGGAGCUUCCAGAGCCUUUACUAACCUUUGACCUCUACAAUGAAUUCAUUGGGGUGGGAAAGGCCAUUCAGCAUCUAAGUGAAAGAGAAACUUCACCAGAUUCCAAUGAUAUAUUGGAGAAUAUUCACAAAAUACAAAAGCUUCUGAAAAAGCUUCCUUCACAUUGUUACAAGACCCUGCAGCAUCUUAUUUCCCAUCUGCAAAAAGUAUCAGAGAACUAUGAUAACAAGAUGUCCCCUAGCAAUCUGGGUAUUGUGUUUGGACCGACAUUAUUGCGCCCUCUAGUGUCUACGGACAUGUCAAUGCUUGCUCUUUUGGAGACAAGCUACCAGUCUUUGCUGGUAGAGUUCCUCAUCACACAUCAUGACAGGAUUUUUGGAGUUGAGCAGAGCAUAAACACGCCCCCUCCCCCAGCCCCCACAGCACCUCUCCCAGAAACACCUCCCAGAGCUUCCUGUCCCCUGGAUGGAGAUGAUGCAGACUUGGAAGAAGAGACGUCCUCCAGAGAGCGUCCACAGUCUCUAGAAAGCCAAGUUAUCAAGAGAGACUCAAGCGAAGGUUAUAUAUCUGACAAGUCUUCAUCCAAUGAGGCAGUGGACCAGCUGGGCCCUGAAGCCAAUGAGAGCGCAGUCCUGGCUAUGAGAUCAACAGCAUGUGAUCCUCAAGGUGAAGCUGCAGGAAAAACAUCCUUGGAUUCAGGCACACAACCACAUCAUCGUUUUACAAGACAGCCUGUGAAGUAUCACCGGUAUCACAAUGUAGGAGCUCGAUUCUCUAACUCCGACUGUGUAACAAGACAGCCAGCUACUCCAAAGAGGGGCAGUCAUCGAAGUGCGUGCAACAGCCGAAGCUCAUCUCCGGAGCUCGGAUCACAGAGAUUUUUACAAAGCCUAGAAGGCCAAUUUGAGAUAAUUCAGCAACCCUACCAGGUUACCACUACAGCAGAGGGUGAUGUAAACAUUCCACUGAGCCCUCGAGAGGUUGCGCAGUACAUGCUGGGAAUGGACUCCACUGUUUUAUCAUCGGCAACUUUAGUUUCAUCCACUUCAACUGAGAGGUCACCUCAAGAGGUGACAAGAUGGAGUCAAGCUAAUCACAAUGUAAAUUUGAACAACAACAGACACUGUGUUGGAAUGAACUGCACUCACUAUGCAUGCCCGAAAACCCCCUCUGCUGAACGCAACCUGACCUCCCCAGCCCAGAAGAUCCUGUCUAGUUUGAAGUUGAGACGCAGUCACUCAGAAAAGGAGGAGCAGCUCUUUGUUUGAGGAAAGUUUACAAUUUUAAACACCAUCAUUUUUUUGCAUACACUGAAAGACUGCACUUAUUUUACACUGUGUGUAAAAACAGUGACUAAAACAAUGAAAAGUAACUACAUUCAUGUAGUUUUUAUAAAGAAAAAAAAAAACAUCCCAUACUGUGUUUUCUUAACUUUGAAUACUUUUUCAUUAAUUGCAAAAAUCUAAAACUAUUAGAAAAGUUUUUCUGUUUCAAACUCCUCUUCAAAGCACAGGAAAUAAAUAAGGUUUCAUACUUAUUUGGAUGUCAUACCCUUAUUAAUACCUCUAAAUCAUGUUUUUUUUUUUUUUUUACUUUAACUGUCAAGCUUUUGUUAGUGUAAUUAAACAAUCACAUAGUACAAGUUAGUGUUUUUUUCUUCCGUUUUAAUAACUCAGUAUUUGAAUGUAACUGCAGAUGCUUGCAAUUUCAAAAAUGCAUACCAGCACAAAAGCAUCACGUUUCCUCAUGAAAGACUGUAAAUGUUUUUUAUUGUUUUAUUUCUUUGUUUUAUAUUCAAAAAUUUAACCUCCAAAUUGCUUUUGUCUACGAAGAUAAAUAUAGCCCUUAUUUGUGUUAUUUCCAUUAUUGAUAAUAUCGUUGUUUUGGUUUACUAUCGAUGCACCUUUCUGUUUUAGACGCAAGGGGGCAGCAGUUUGGUGUGUGAUAAAAUCAUGUCAGAAAUCAACAAUACA